AUGACUGAAGAGGCAACUUCAAUUGUGACUACAGAGCUGCGUGAGGCGGUCAUCUUCCAUGGUCUCUCUGUGGGAAAAACCGCGCGAUUUACUCCAAUGAGAACAAGAACCAAGGCAGCUUACCUCUUUGAAGCUUCUCCCAAACAGCCGCGGGAGGCCCCUUCACCCAGGUUCCCUGUCGCAAUCGCUGCUUUACUCCUCUCCUCACCAUCUCAGGCCGGGUUUGGUAGGUGUGGAGAACGGACGCUGUCAGACCUCAGGCAGCAACUGCAGGUCGAUCCGUGGGCGAUGCGCAAAUGCCCCUCGGAAUCGCGAGGCGCGUCUCCAAACCACUUCACCCGAUCCCACCAACUUCAUCGCGUGUCGCCUACGACAACAAACAGGUCUUUGGACGCCAUAUCUACACGUUUUAUGACCUCUAAACCCACUCUAUCAUUUCAUUGCAAUUUUUUCUGGUCUCCUAAGUGCUUUUGCUCGUUGAACAAUCAAUCCGCUGUUCAAAUGCCAAACUGGACGGCCAUCUCGAUUGACCCCUCCCCUCGCCGGCUCGCAUCACCAGCAGCCGACGGAUGGGGCACUAAAUCGGGCCAAGAGACUCAAACUCUGUUUGCCAUUAUUCGCCGUAAUCCGCAUCACAGAAGCUCCAUCGCUGCAAGCUUCGCCAACCUUAAGGCAUCAUGCUGCGUCGUCACAAAUGUCUGUCGACCGCCUGCUGCCCAAUCGCCCCAACCCCCUCCAUUUCCGAAGCUACCUUGGACUAACGUACUCGAAAGUGAGUCACACAUCCAUACCGCAUACCUGUCUCAUGCCAUUAAGAUCCCUGUUCCGUUUUCAAGUGGUCCGUUGGGCGUUCCUGGAUCUUGCAUUGGGGUGGGAUGGGGCCCGUUCGACCGCAAAAAAAGUCCCCCCAGAAAAAAGAAGACCCAGAACUGCGUGUCAAUUGACGAGUCAAUUCUGCCUGCGAGUGCAAACAUGGUUGAUAUCAAUUACGCUCAAGUGAGCGUGAGCAGGGCAGCCGUCAAAACCUCCAAGCCAUUGGAUCCAAAUCAUCCCAUCCCAUCCAUGGAUGCUAUGCACUUGCGUCUGCACCUCACCACACCUCACCUGCCACACCACAUCAUCUCUCCACACCCUCCACAAACGGACUAUUUUGAUUCCUUGUGUCUCAACCAAGGGGUUUGCCACUUUUACACCUCAAUAAAAUGUCGGCCCAAGCGCCGCGGCGUCUUCCCUGAAAGCAUCUUCGUUCGACUUUCUUUUUCUUCAUACUGUAUAGAUGCCAACGCCAACUCCAGCUCCUAA